AUGGAGUCAUGGACUGCGUCGCUGGAGGUGUUCUGCACGGCGCAGUACACCGCCGCUACCGUCGCCGACAACUGGGGAGGCCAGUUUGAGGAGCGCUUCGUCGAGCUGGAGCAGCGCGUCGGGAAUUUGGAGCUCAUUCGCAUCACCGAGAUCCAUGACGAGCGCUACGACCGCGUCUUCGCCCUAGAGUCUGCUACCUCGGCUCUUUAG